AUGGCUGCUCGAUCGAGGCGGAGGCUCCGGCAGCGCGGUGCGAUUACUCGGACGGGGAGGGUGCGGACCACGGAAGGCCCUCGGUACAAUGGGUCGAGCUGCGGCGAGACGAUCAAGGCCGGCCAGAACUGCGAGGCGCACGGGCGGCCGGACACGGGGUACAUCUACUGGCGGUGGCGCCCGCGCGGGUGCGCGCUGCCGCCGUUCGACCCCGCCGAGUUCCUGAGCGCGGUGCGCGGUCGCCACGUGGCCUUCGUGGGCGACUCGCUCGCGCGGAACCAGUGCGAGUCCCUGGUGUGCCUGCUCACCUCCGCGUUCCCGGCGCAGCUGGUGCGCGGCGCCGGCGGCGGCGACGGGGACGGGGACGGCGACGAGCUCCGCAAGUUCCGGCGCUGGGCGUUCCCGUCGCACAACGCGACGGUGUCCGUGUUCUGGUCACCGUUCCUGGUGAACGGCACGGAGAGGCCCAAAUCGCCGGCAGCGGCGGCGGGAGGGCUGGACCACAACCGGAUCUACUUCGACCAGCCCGACGAGCGGUGGGCGGCGGAGGUCCCGGGAUUCGACGUGGUGGUGCUGUCGGCGGGGCAGUGGUACCUGAACUCGGCCAUGUUCUACGACCGUGGCGCCGUCAUCGGCUGCCACCGCUGCCCGGAGCGCAACCGCACGGAGACGGGCUUCUUCGGCGUGUUCCGCCUCGCCGUCCGCAACGCGCUCUGCGAGGUCAUUACCCGCAUCGCCGCCACGUCCUCCUCCUCCUCCUCGUCCUCCUCGCCCGCCCGCCCCGGCUGGCUGUGGUGA